UGGAAUGUGUCAACUCCGUGUCAAACGUCUGCGACGAAUACAAUUUCACUUGUUGUCACUUUGCAUAAUUUAACGCAGAAUUUUAUUUACAAACAUGACCCGUCCGAAUCUGUAAAUAGAUUCCUAGAUCCGUUGCUCAAGUCGCCGUCGCGGAACGCGUGAAAGCCGCGCGAGAUGAUAACGUUACUCAGCGAGUGCCAUUUCUGGACGACCCACGACGAAAUCCGCAUCAAAGCCACCGACUUCGGUGCCUUCAAGUACUCGUCCAAAAGGGACCCGGACGUGCGGGCGACCGCGGCCCAGGGAAAGCGCGAGUAUGCCGAGAAACGCGAAGGUACCGUGAUUGUGUCCAAUCGGAGGCCUAAUCGGCUCAAGGAGUCGCUCAAGCGGCUCGAGGAGCUCCUGAAGGUCUCCAAGGUCGUCAGCUGCGACUGGCGAGACGCCAAUGUGGCCCAGCUCAUGUUCUCGAACGGGAUCCUGGUGCAUAUUUGUGUGAACGCGCUCAGCGGAGACGUGCAGAAGAUGGCCUUCGACAAGUAUUUCGUGGGAAAAUUGGCGGCAGAAACUGUGACGGACGCUGUUUUCACGCGCCAGCACAUCGUCUUGGCCUACAACAUCAACCAGAUUACGGUGGUGUUCCUUCAGAAGCCCAACAUGCGGCGGUCGGGACCGGAGAAGAUUGCCAAUAUGGACCCGAAGAUAUUCCACGUUUUGAUCCCAGGCCCUUCGGAACGCAAGCUAGCGAGGAACUUGCUGGUGAACAACAGUUUUGACUUGAUUGUGGUGUGGACCAAGUCGUCGCUGAAUGAGGUGUACCCUUGGCGGCCCACGAUACGGGACCAGGAUCGGGCGAAUGUUCAUGUUUUCAAGCUACGAUCUGCCAAAUUAGAGUCUGUCGCGUAUUGUUGGACCGAGAACGAUCCCAUUUGCAUGGAAUUCAUCCGGGCCAGUGACGGACAGGUGAUGACAGUGGAACAAAAAAUCUCAAGAAAGGGGGAAAUAACAGCGGAAAUAUGUUCAUAUGAGAUAGGUCAAGCCAAAAUGCAAAGAGUGGCCGUCACAUCAAUUCCCAUUGGCACUCAAAUCUGUUGUCAUGGAUUCAGUCCUGACCAGGAGAAAUUGGUGCUGGGAACCAUCGACAGAUAUGUCUGUAUACACGAUCUGGUGCAAAAAGUAACGAAGUUCGCACCGAAAACGGAUAUUAUUCCGACACGCUGUGCCUGGCAUCCAGACUCCGGUGUGUUCAUGAUAUCAAAUGACCGCUGUCAGUUCCAGUGCCUGGACCUGUCUCUCUCAUUUGUGGCGAAUCAAAUAAUCAGCGAAGAUGUGACACCAUCAAACCUCCAUGACCUUUCGCAUUAUUUUGCCAUACAGCCAACCCUACUGAAAACUUCAUUUAGUUGCAAGGCCGAUUUGAAUAAUUUCAACGAUGCCUACGCGCAAACCGAUUGCUUCCUGUUGAUGAUAUUCGAAAAUGGUCCCAUAGGGUGUAUGCGGUUUCUAAGUGGGACUGGUAUGAGUGGAGAUGUACACAAUUCGGGACUAACCCCGGAUGUACUGGUGAACAAAUAUUUAGCAAUUAGUCAAAUUGAGAAGGCUGUAAAUGUCGUACUGUCGUUGAAUUGGGAUACAUACGGUGCUAUGUGCUUGAUUGCGUUGCAUAAAAUUGCUAAUUUCGUUUUUACACGGAACGAUGCGAAGCGUAGUCGCAAUGAGUUAUUGAGAAAGGCAUUGCAAAGUUUCACGGAUGAUUUGAGCGAGGAGACAAAGGACGAAUUUGGCGACCAAGUGAUAGACUUAAAAAGGAGAUAUUUCUUCUUCCUUUUGAGGCACAAACUACAUAACGAGGCAUUUGAAAUGGCACGCAAUAUAGAAGAUUAUGACCUCUUUAUGGAUCUAUUCAAUGUCACAAAAGUCGAUGAGAAACUUUUCGCGUUAGCCACAGAAGCCUUUCAUCAAGCUGAAACUGUCCUGAAUCAGAACGAUAGCACGACUGGCACGUCCAAUCUUACCCCGGGCGAUACAAACUCUAUGUCAUCAUGUUCCCAUUCAUCCUGUUCCGAAUGUAUACCAGCACACCAACAAAAAAUUAAAGGCGAACAGAAAAAUAGCCGCAGUAACUGCAGCCAUUCGAUCAAAUCAACGGCUACCAUGUCCGGUACAACACAGACGCUAAUUGUAAAACGCUUUCAAAAGAAUCGUCAACAAAUGCAGCCGGAAAAUGAUAGCCUUGGCAACAGUCAUAUGAAAAACUACGUUCCACCGCUUCCAUAUUUUAAGUCUAAAGUAUUCAAUGCAGAAAAUAUUAAAAUUAACAUUCCAAAACCUGAACUAAGAACAGGAUCGGGAAUGGGGCUGACGGGAAUAGCUGAUAGCGUACAAGGCAACUAUCUUAAAGCACAGCAUCAUCACAAAACGCCUGCUCCACCGCCUCUGCCUGAUGUUAAGAAGAAGGGGCGACAUUACCGUGCCGGCAACGGAGGGGAAAAGCAACAUAUCUCAUCUCAAUCAUAUGCUGAUCCUGCUAGUUUAAAUAUGAACACUAGUAAUUUUCGUAACUCUAUCGCUUGUACAGGGCAGAGCCCAUUCACAUAUUCUAAUGGCGGUGGUGACAACUAUCAUAAUCUAGACCGAGGAAUGGCCUUCCCGCAACCACAGAACCAGAUGAGCGGCUUGUGGUCGAAAAUCCCGGAUCAAACGCUUGGUAUCCCCCUUGCAGCGACUUCUUCUACCACCGCUUCCUCUUAUGCAUCGAAACCUCCUCUAUCAUCUCUACUGUCUGCUUCCUCUUACGGUUUACUCCCGCGCGCUUCCACUAGUUUUUCAAAUAGCUACUUGCAUCUACCCAAUAAUAAUCCACAUCAGCAUCCGCAAUCCAUAAACAAUAAUAAUAGCUUCCAACUCAUGAAAUCUGAAAGUCUGCAUAAUUUACCGAAAUUCUAUCAACAUCCCUUAGUAUCGGGUACAAUACCAUCUGUACCGUCAGCAAUGCCCGCAGUCGCUACCUUGGCUCACUCUACAGAUGACCUAGCCUUGCGAGCGGCGAGAAAACCCGCUACUUCAAUACUUUCAAACAGUUCGAGUAAUGUUAGUGGUGCACAGGGAAAUGUGAAUAGUUCAGGAGCGACGAACGGCAAUAGCAAUAAUCCAACGCAACAAACCAAAAGGGAUCCGGGCGAGAAGAAUAAAGUCAAAUUCUCUGACACAGUGCAAGUGGCUGUUGUUCCGGAAAUCCCACGAAAAGAAAAACCUCUACCCACCAAACGCAAUGGUUUUCGACCACUUCUGACUGAUCCGCAAAAGGAAUUAGCCGAUAGCUUGCCGCUUUGUCAUCCCAAUGAUGACUACUUAAAAGACUUCAAUCCUGCAACUACAGAGACGACAGGCAAUUCCACGGAAAGUGCAAUAACGGAUCCAGAGCAGAAUAGCAGUAGGAAUGCGCCAACGAUCAAAGUCGUCCACUUCGGGGUUGUUUGAACCAACCAUGACAAUAAUGAUAUAAAAAUUUGUAAUAAAAUUGGUUUCUAAGGAAUAACUUAAGCACAGGAAUGACGAUAUUCCAAUUGAAACGUAUUCCGUCCAGUAUGUGACGAUUUUUGGUCACAUAGUGAAAGCUUUAAUUUAUUGUUGUAAUAUAGACUAACUAGGCGUAAGAUGAAAAUGUUUUUAUAUGUAUAUAUACGAAAAUUGAAAGAGCCAUAGAUGUAUUCUACGUUUUAACACAAAUUACUCUAUUUUUGUACUGGUUAGAAAAGAUUUUGAUAAAUAUACACAUUAUCUUUUAAUAA